AUGAAGGCGCUGCGUAUUCAUGGUAAAGAAGACCUCCGCUUGGAAGAUAUCCAGAGCCCUCAGUGUGGAAAUGGUCAGAUCAUGAUCAAACCAGCUUGGUGUGGAAUUUGCGGCACUGAUCUUCACGAAUAUAUGGGUGGUCCUUCAUUAUGUCCGACUACUCCUCAUCCUAUCACCAACGAGACUGUGCCUUUGACGAUUGGUCACGAAUUUAGCGGCAUCAUUGAAGAGCUCGGACAAGGUGUAUCAGACAAGUAUACAAUCGGACAAAGAGUUGUCGUACAGCCAAUCAUAUAUUGCGGACAAUGUGGAUCCUGUCAGGAUGGCAUUCCCAAUUGCUGCGACAAGAAUGGAUUCGUCGGGCUCUCAGGCUGGGGAGGAGGUUUGGCGGAACACAUUGUAGUUCCAGAGUAUUGUGUAGUUCCUGUACCUGACAACGUGUCCUUGGAGUUAGCCGCGCUUGUUGAGCCAUUAGCCGUUGCAUGGCACGCAGUCAACAUGUCCCCAGUCAAAGACUUCAAGAAAGGUCAAUUCGCCUUGAUUCUUGGUGGAGGCCCAAUCGGUCUUUCUGUUAUCCAAGCUCUUCGAGCGCACGGCGAUGGUACCAUUAUCGUUUCAGAAGUCUCUACCAAACGCAAAGCUUUUGCAGAGGAGUUUGGCGCAGAUUUUAUCUUGGAUCCAACGAAAGAUGACAUUCCGGAGCGAUGCAAAGAGAUCUGCGGUGGUGUUCGAGGUGUGGACUGCGUAUUCGACGCGGCAGGCGUUCAGGCUGGACUCGACUCGGCGGUGCUCGCAAUGAGGGCUCGAGGCACUUUGGUCAACAUUGCCAUCUGGGAGAAAGAUGCGAGAAUCAUUCCAAACCAAUUUGUCUUCCGAGAGAGAACGUACAAGGGCGUUGCAACAUAUGUCCUCGGAGAUUUCGAUGAAGUCCUCCAGGCGAUCAGCUCUGGCAGGAUGAAGCCAGAAAAGAUGAUCACGAAAAAGGUCGAGCUCAAAGACGUAAUCGAGGAAGGUUUCUUGACCUUGCUGAAAGACAAAGACAACCAUGUCAAGGUUUUGAUCAAAUCAAAUGAUGUCGAGUAA